CGGCUUCCCAUCUGGGGCUCUAUCGCGAAUGUGUUCUGCUGGCACUGUCACAAAUGGCUUCCAAAUCGUCAAGGUUUCUCCAGAACUACGGAUACGACUUGAUUUUGGGAUCGAUAGCUGCGUUUUAUGUCUUCAUGGCGCCAUACACGAAGGUUGAAGAGAGCUUCAACGUUCAGGCAAUGCACGAUAUUCUUUAUCAUGGUCAUCAUUUAGAUAAUUAUGAUCAUUUGGAGUUUCCUGGUGUGGUUCCUCGAACUUUUAUAGCUUAUCUUUCAGGUGCCUUCCUUGUAUCAAUUUUGGCAUCCCCCAUUGUGUUAAUAGUUAGCUUGCUGCAGUUGCCGAAGAUUUAUGGGCUUAUUACAGUACGUUUGGCUCUUGGCUUCAUUAUAUUAUCCACACUUCGAUUCUUUCGUAUUCAGAUAAGGCAUAAGUUUGGGUAUCAAGUGGAAGCUUUCUUUACAGUAUUAACUGCUCUUCAGUUUCAUUUGUUAUACUAUUGCACCCGAGGCCUUCCAAAUAUACUAGCUUUGGGCAUAGUUAACUUGGCAUAUGGGCAUUGGCUGAGGGGGGAUUUUUAUUCAGUGUUAAACUGGCUGAUUUUUGCAACAAUUAUAUUCAGAUGUGAUAUUGUGUUACUACUUUGUCCUAUUGGCCUAGAGCUUUUAUUGACCAAAUCAAUUUCAUUUGGGAAAGCAUUCAAGUACUGUAUCAUAGUGGCAAUGUUGUACACAGGUCUUACCAUAUUGGGGGGAUUCAAAUAUGUGGAAGAAGUUACUAUGGCCCAGAGUUUGAAGUUCUCUGGUUCAACUCUGUUCUGAAUCGGAGCUCUGAUUGGGGUACACAUUCCUUUCACUGGUACUUGACUUCAGCACUUUCCCGUGCCUUACUUGCUGCAUAUCCUCUUUCUAUGCUCGGUCUCUUCCUUGACCGGAGAGUUCAUUUCUUCGUACUUCCAGUUCUUUCCUUUGUUCUACUAUAUUCUAAACUUCCUCACAAGGAACUCCGUUUUAUCAUCUAUUCAGUUCCUAUAUUCAACUUAUCUGCCGCAAUUGCAGUUAGCAGAAUGUAUGCAGCAAUUAGCAAUUCUGUUGAUUGUUUUAUUUUGUACUGUACCCACUUUAACAAUUAAUUUAUUAAUCUUAUGCCGCUUCUUGCACUCAAUCUCAAAGACCCUGACUUUUGGAUGCUAUAAUGGUUUUCUUUUUCCCUUAUAUAAGAAUAAUGAAAUCCAUUCAAAUGAGUAUAAAGCAAAUUCCUUCCCAAAGGUAUAGUUUUUCACAGGAUGAAAACUAGUAGUUCUUGAAAAUAACAAUUAGCGAAUUAAAUCGUGUGUAACGGCCAACAUGUAGCAAAUAAAAACAAAACACCAUAUAUUAAGGCCCUAUGAUUUCUGUCCAUUUCAUAUGACCUUAAAAUUAAUGAGGCAAGUAAACUUGCUUUCCUAGUAUCACUGCUAGAAAGUAUCCCUGACAAAACCUAUUAAUUAAUUUUCUAUCCAGAUGGCCUCCACAAAAGCAUACCGAUGAUUGAAAUUCAUUCUGGGCUCAGCAACCUUCUGCUCCUUAUUAUCGCUUUUCAACAAAUUGUCUUUCCUCAGAGCACCUGCCAUUUCUAAACUUACUCCAUUUUUUUCUUCUUGAAGCACAUUGCUUCCAGGAUCUGUGUUUGUUUCACGUGUACAUCAUUCUCAACCAAUUUUUCCCCAUGUAGGUCUUAUUGGUUUUGCAUAUCAAAAUUCAGAAAUACUUGGUCUUUUGUGCUUACUCAUGGAUGUGUUCUUAGAAUUUCAAUCUUUUACAAACUUUCUUGCAAAUUACGAUAUUUCUGAAAUUUAAAUUGCAACUAGAAUUCAAUGGAUCUCAGGACAAUUCUUGGUACUUC